GCUCCCUAUCCACAACUCAAUACAUUCCUAACCCAGAACUUUCCAUCAUUUUCUCAGGAAAAUGGCAGCUCAUUCACUUUCUUUCUCUACGCCCUCAACAUUUGCCCGAGCUUCCCAAUGCGAUUACAGACUGUCUAAUUCUGUUCCAAGUUCAUUGACUACAAGUCUGAGACCAGAAAGCUUCGAUAAUCCAUGGCUAGGCACAACCAAACUCUCAAUUCAGUCCACCAAUAUCAGGCCCCAAUUGCCCAAGCAUCGACCCAUCGCUGCCACGGUCUCCUUCAGCCUCCCCACUGCUAAACCACAGAGGGUUUCUCACGGGAAAGUACCCAAAUGGUCUUCGAAGGCAAUAAAGUCAUUUGCUAUGGCUGAAUUGGAAGCAAGAAAGCUGAAGUACCCCACGACUGGGACAGAAGCCCUUCUGAUGGGCAUCUUAAUUGAGGGAACUAAUCUGGCUGCAAAGUUUUUGAUGGCAAAUGGAAUUACACUUUUCAAACUCCGUGAGGAAACAAUCAAGUUACUUGGAAAGGCUGACCUGUUCUUUUUCAGUCCGGAGCAUCCCCCUUUGACUGAGUCAGCUCAAAGGGCCCUUGAUUGGGCUGUUGAUGAAAAGCUAAAAUCUGGUGAAAGCGGAGAGAUUACAACUACUCAUCUGCUUCUUGGUAUAUGGUCCGAGAAGGAAUCAGCUGGUCACAAGAUAUUGGCUUCCCUUCGCUUCAGAGCAGAGAAAGCUAAAGAGCUUGAGACUUUAAUUUCUGAUCCUGGUUUCGUUGAUGACUAAUAGCUUGCUUGCAUUCAAAGUUGUCGCUGAUGUAAUUCUUUUAGGCCAAGGCGAGUCAAAAGUGCUGUCCUGGGCUUUCCAUUAAUGUCUUGUUAGAUUUGUUUACUGGAAAUUCUUUUCAAGUAAAUCUGUGAUCAAACACCGUAUUCUCCUGUCCAACAAAUGCAUCUGUCUAUUGAAAUAUCA